UCUAGCCUGGGAGACAGAGCAAGUCUCUGUCUCAAACAAACAAACAAACAACAAAACAAAACAAAACAAAAACAGUCAACUGACUCCGCCAGACUGCCAUGCUGCCGUCAUGGACACCAGCCAUGCGCAGCCUAUCAAGCUGGCCAGGGUCAUCAAGGUCCUGCGCAGGACCGGCUCUCAGGGACAGUGCACACAGGUGCACGUGGAAUUUAUGGACAACAUGAGCCGCUCCAGCAUCCGCAACGUAAAAGGCCCCGUGUGCGAGGGGGACGCGCUCACCCUGUUGGAGUCAGAGCGAGAGGCCUGGAAGCUGCGCUGAGCUUGGCUGCUCACUGGGUCUUGGAUGUGGGGUUUGACCAUUUGACUCGUGGGAAUGGUGUGCCACGAUCUGCUCCUUUAUUUUAUUUUUUGCCCGUCACACAGGAACUGAGAUGUGCCUUUAAAUAAAGCAUUUGUGCUUCAAGUUAAAAAAAAAAAAAAAAA